CCCAUCCUGAAUGUUGUACUGAUCACACUUGGGCUUGACCACCCUACAGAAGCAGAAAAACCACGCAGACAAGCACAAAAGGAGCCAGAGGAGGGGAAUGGUAUUCUCCUCCACCGAUCCAAACACGAAAUUCAUCACGGACCCCAUCAGCUUAGAGGUUGGUCCGUAAGGGCCUACCAGCCAAGGAGAUUUGGAGACACUGUCGUAGUUCAACAUGUCGACAAACGUGUUUACCCCAGCCGCACCAACCCCGACGCUCAAGUCGGAGACAGUCAACGAGUUCCAGGCAUCCCUGAUGUACUGGAAGAAUCCAGACUUAGGGCUAUUGCUGCAGGUGUUGCAUGCCUGCCGUUUAGGGUUCCAUUCAAUGGAGUAGCAAAUAAGUAUAGACGAAUCCACCUACGAGGCUGAGUAAGGAGGCAGGUCCCUGUUUUUUGCUUGUACGUAGGGGAUCGGCUGGGCGUUCGAGGUGGAUGUUAUGAUGGCGACGGAUGAUGAAUCAAGACUUGUUUGCUUGCUCGCUCUAUCCUGUAAUUAGUUUCGCUAGCUUAGCUUGCUACAAGAUACUUUCCGUUGAAUUUCUUUCAGUUGGUCAUGCAUGUCGCAUCGAUCGGGAAAUACUGUACAAGGAUGGAUCAAGUUGCUUUAAAUUUGCUUUGCUUCUAGUACGGUUAAGUUUGGAUGAUGGUAUGCCUACGUUUUGCUGGUGGAUUAAGUUUGGAUGAUGAUCAUUUGGUUUCCUAUAGCUCGCUCGCUCCCCUACGUAGUAUAUGAUUUCUUUUGCAUCUAUACAUACAUAGGUUGCUCACUCGCGAUUGUGUUUUCU